AUGGCUGAUAUCCGCGACCAACACAACGGCUCACCAAUGCCCGGUGUCGCCCGCAAUGACGACCCGGCGCUAGACAUUGCGCGCGAGCACCACCACGAACACGUGCACCACAGCGCGCGUGCGGCCCACCCUGACAACAUCGUCUACACCACGGGAACCACAGACGAGCCGACGAGCAAGCUGUUCCUGCCCAGUGGUCUUGACAGCGCCAGCCACAACCUCCACCAGCGCCACUCUGUCAACGAGAAGCAUGACAUUGAGAAGGCCGGCGGCUACGACUAUGAAGUCGAGAAGGCUACGCGCAGCUCUUCUGAUCCCGAAAUGGAGGCAGAGAAGAAGCUCUGGUACACUUCCUUUGGUGCUUUCUACCGGGCGUUUAGACUGCCUGUCCACAUCUUUAUUGGAGCCCUCUUCACCGGAUGGUGGAUUGCUAGUGUAGUCGUGCACCGCAAUGACAAAAACUGGAUCAUUCCAUUCUUGUUCUGGCUGGCCAUUAUGAUCCGCCUGAUCACUCUGCACAUCCCCAUCACCGUCGUCACCAAGCCCAUGCACUGGGUUUGGGCCAACACUGGAACGAGAAUUGCCAACCUCAUCCCGGAGAAGAUGCGCAUUCCUGCCGCUGCCGCCCUCGCCAUUGCUGUCAUCAUUGUCGGAUCAUUCGCCAGCGAAGAGAGCGAGGACAACACCCGCGCAAAUCGAGCCGUUUCCCUGUUCGGUCUCGCCGUCUUCAUCUUCAUGUUCUGGGCGACUUCCCGCAACCGCAGCAAGAUUGUAUGGCACACCGUCAUCGUCGGUAUGCUCAUGCAAUUCAUCAUCGCACUGUUCGUUCUCCGUACCAAGGCUGGAUACGACAUCUUCAACUUCAUCUCCGAGCUCGCUCGCCUGCUCUUGGGUUUCGCCAGGGAUGGUGUCUCUUUCUUGACCACUCCAGAGAUCUCCCAGAACCAGUACUUCAUGUUCAGCGUCAUUCCGGCCAUCAUCUUCUUCGUGUCGUUCGUCCAGCUCUUGUACUAUUGGGGCAUUCUCCAGUGGUUCAUCGGCAAAUUCGCCGUCUUCUUCUUCUGGUCUAUGCGAGUAUCGGGUGCCGAGGCCGUGGUCGCGUCUGCCUCUCCCUUCAUCGGCCAGGGUGAAUCUGCUAUGUUGAUCAAGCCCUUCGUUGCUCAUCUCACUAUGGCCGAGAUGCACCAGGUCAUGUGCUCUGGAUUCGCCACCAUUGCAGGUAGUGUUUUGGUCGCCUAUAUCGGUAUGGGCCUUAACCCGCAAGCCCUGAUUUCAUCUUGCGUCAUGAGUAUCCCUGCAUCGCUCGCUUUCAGUAAGCUGCGAUACCCCGAGACUGAGGAGACUCUUACCGCUGGUCGUGUUGUUGUGCCCGACGACGAUGAGCACAAGGCCGCCAACGCCCUCCACGCCUUUGCCAACGGUGCCUGGCUCGGUCUCAAGAUCGCCGGUAUGAUCGUCUCUACACUCUUGUGUAUUAUCGCUCUUCUUAACCUGGUCGACGGUCUGCUCACCUGGUGGGGACGCUACAUCAACCUCGACGGCGACUACGACUUGACACUAGAGUUGAUCCUCGGUUAUCUUUUGUACCCUGUCGCUUUCCUCCUCGGUGUAUCGCGUCAAGGCAACGACCUGAUUCUUGUUGCUCGUCUCAUCGGUAUCAAGGUCAUCACCAACGAGUUCGUCGCGUUCCAAUCGCUCACCGACGAGGACCCCGAGUCCCCCUACCACGACCUGAGCCCACGCUCCCGCCUUAUCGCUACCUACGCUCUUUGCGGUUUCGGCAACAUCGGUUCCCUGGGUACCCAAAUCGGUGUGCUCAGUCAGAUUAGUCCUGGUCGAAGCGGUGACGUCUCGCGUCUCGCCCUGUCCGCUCUCAUUACAGGUGUUUUCUCCACUCUGUCCAGUGCGACGGUCGCAGGUCUUGUCGUUCUAGACGGAUCCAACUUCAGCUCAGGCUCGUAG